UGUUAAAUCAAUAGUUUGACAAAAAUAUGAGCAUCUCCCGGGAGUCGGGACCCAAUCCAAGGUGUUCAGGUUAUAAGUAUGUGAUGCAAAGCUAGUUUCUCGGAAGAAGAAUAUAUAUAUAUGCUUGGAUUAGAAUCCUUGGGCUCGAAUCGAAGUGUGUGUGUGUUUGAGUGAGACGACCAAUCUUGAAAUGGAAUUCUCUGGGAGACACACAUCAUGUCUAUCGUCCCAGCAUGAAAAUUCAUCUUGGGCUGCAAACAAAGAAGGCCCCAGCGACGACAUGGAGUUGGAAGUGGUAACAGAAGAGUGCACAAAUGGCGGAGCUGCCGAAGAAGCACGCGAGAACAUGUUGCUGCUAGACGAUGACAACCUCUGGUUCCUGCAGAGACAAAAGGAUAUAAAUGGAAGGGUUGGUGUGAAGCCCCCGGCAAUAGAGGUGAGGUAUGAGAAACUUUGCGUGGAAGCAGAAAGCAGAUACUCCAGUGGUGCUACUCACCUGCCAACUCUGUGGAACAGCAUCAAGGCUGCUUACUCUGGUUUCAUCAUGUUAUUUGGGCUGAAGUCUGACGAUAAAGUAAAGAUAAACAUCCUAGAAGAUGUGAGCGGAAUCAUCAGACCCUGCAGAUUGACUCUUCUAUUAGGACCUCCUGGAUGUGGAAAAAGCACAUUGCUGCGAGCUCUUGCUGGCCAACUCGAUAAAUCUCUAAAGGCCACAGGGGAUAUUUCUUACAAUGGUUAUGGACUUGAUGAAUUUGCACCUGAGAAAACUGCUGCUUAUAUUAGCCAAUAUGAUCUGCACAUACCUGAGAUGACAGUACGGGAAACUUUAGACUUCUCUGCACGGUGCCAAUGUGUGGGGACUAGAGAUGAAAUACUUGAUGAAGUGAACAAAAGGGAGAAGAUGGCUGGGAUAAUACGUGGCCAUGAUAUACACAUGAAGGCAACAUCAAUUGGUGCUUCAGAGAAAAAGCUACAUACAGACAAUAUUUUGAAGAUCAUGGGGCUAGACAUAUGUGCAGACACCAUGGUUGGGGAUGCAAUGAGAAGAGGCAUAUCAGGGGGUGAGAAGAGAAGACUAACAACAGCGGAGCUGAUUAUUGGACCAGCAAAAGCAUUUUUCAUGGAUGAAAUAUCCAAUGGUUUGGAUAGCUCUACUACUUUCCGAAUAAUUAAGUGCUUUCAACAAUUGGCCAACAUCAAUGAAUGCACCAUGCUUAUUUCACUUCUUCAACCAACACCUGAGAUAUUUGAUCUAUUUGAUGACCUGAUCCUGAUGGCAGAAGGAAAGAUUAUCUACCAUGGCCCUCGAAAUGAAGCUCACAUUUUUUUUGAAGAAUCAGGUUUCAGAUGUCCAGAGAGAAAAGGGAUGGCUGACUUUCUGCAAGAGGUAUUGCACAAAAAGGACCAACGGAAGUACUGGUCUGGUACAGAGGAAUCUUACAGAUAUGUUUCUCCUCAUCAGUUGUCAAGCAUGUUUAAGAAAUAUCAGAAACUGACAAAAUUAGAAAAUCCUUCUGUAGCUCAGAAAAUCAAGAUGGGAAAGGAAUCUUUAUCUUUCAAUAACUAUUCACUAUCAACACUAGAACUAUUCAAAGCUUGUGGAGCAAGGGAAACACUUUUGAUUAAAAGGAGUAUGCCUUUUUAUGCCUUCAAAACUGUGCAGCUUUCCAUUGUUGCAGUCAUUACAAUGUCUGUAUUCUACCGGACUCAUAUGACAACAGAUUUGACUCAUGCAAAUUACUACAUGGGAGCAUUGUUUUAUUCCAUUUUAAUCAUUAUGCUAAAUGGAACCCCAGAGAUAAGCAUGCAAAUUGCGAGACUACCAAGUUUCUACAAACAAAGAGGAUAUCAUUUCUAUCCUUCGUGGGCAUAUGCAAUACCCGCUUCAAUCCUGAAGGUUCCUUUCUCCCUGUCAGACUCACUUGUAUGGAUAUGCAUCACUUAUUAUGGUAUUGGUUACACAUGUACAGCUUCGAGGUUAUUCUACCAAUUUCUGAUACUUUGUCUUCUCCAUCAAUCAGUAACAUCAUUAUACCGAUUUAUUGCUUCUCAUGCUCAAACACACAUUUUGUCUUUUCUCUACCAUUUCAUGUCUGUAGCGCUCUUACAAUUGUUUGGAGGCUUCAUUCUUCCCAAGUCCUCUAUGCCAGGAUGGUUAAGCUGGGGAUUUUGGGUAUCUCCAUUGUCCUAUGCACAAAUCAGCAUAGCCAUCAAUGAAUUCCUUGCACCAAAAUGGCAAAAGGAAACUAUGCAAAACAAGACGGUAGGGAACCAAAUCUUGAUUAACCAUAGCCUCGACUAUAGCUGGGAAUUUUACUGGAUAUCUGUUGGAGUCCUGCUUGGAUACACCUUUUUCUUUUACAUAGCUUUUGGACUAGCAUUAGCUUACAGAAAACCUAUACAAUUUCAAGCAUAUCGUGGAAACAUGCCUAGAAAGUGCUCCACUAAUGGACAAGAAGAAGAGAUCAAUAUCAAAAAAGAAUCUGAUGAUCAUGCAAAUAAUGUGCCCCAAAAAGCAAAGAUGGCUAUGCCAACUAUGCAACUUGCACUUACAUUCUGCAAUCUGAACUACUAUGUUGAUACACCACCGGAAAUGCUAAAACAAGGUUGCACAACAAGAAGACUUCAACUACUUAAUAAUGUAAAUGGUGCAUUUCGCCCAGGUGUUCUUUCUGCAUUGAUGGGUGUCAGCGGAGCUGGAAAGACAACUCUACUAGAUGUAUUGGCAGGAAGGAAAACAGGAGGAUAUAUUGAAGGAGACAUAAGAAUAGGUGGAUAUCCCAAGGUGCAAGAAACAUUUGUCAGAAUCUUGGGUUAUUGUGAGCAAGUUGACAUACAUUCUCCACAGCUUACAGUGGAAGAAUCUGUAACUUAUUCAGCUUGGCUCCGUCUGCCUUCGAAGGUUAAUGAAAAAACUAGAUCUGAAUUUGUGGAUGAAGUCCUAAAAACUGUUGAGUUGGAUGAAAUAAAAUAUACUUUAGUUGGGAGGCCAGGAAUGGAUGGAUUGUCCUUGGAGCAGCGAAAAAGGCUAACAGUUGCAGUUGAACUUGUUUCAAACCCUUCUGUCAUACUAAUGGAUGAACCAACUACAGGACUAGAUGCUAGAUCAGCAGCAAUUGUUAUACGUGCAGUAAAAAAUAUUUCUGAAACAGGAAGAACAGUAGUAUGUACAAUUCAUCAGCCUAGCACUGAAAUUUUUGAGGCUUUUGAUGAGCUUAUAUUAAUGAAAAAUGGCGGAAAUAUAAUCUAUAAUGGACCCAUAGGAGAGCAAUCUUGCAAAGUGAUUGAGUAUUUUGAGAAAAUUUCUGGAGUCCCAAAAAUUGAGAGAAAUAGCAACCCUGCUACUUGGAUGAUGGAGGUAACAUCAACAUCCAUGGAGGCUCAAUCCAAUAUAGACUUCGCAAGUACUUACCAAGAAUCGUCAUUGCACAGGGAGAGGCAAGAGCUUGUUAAGCAACUAAGUACUCCACUACCAAAUUCAGAAAACUUGUGUUUCUCCAAUUGUUUUCGGCAAAAUGGAUGGGGGCAAUUCAAAGCUUGCCUAUGGAAACAGAACAUAAUUUACUGGAGAAGCCCUCAAUACAAUUUGAACCGUAUGGUGAUCACAAUACUGAUAGCAUUGAUCUUGGGAGUAUUGUACUGGAGAUAUGCAAAGAUGUUAAACAAUGAGCAGGAUCUAUUCAAUGUUCUUGGUUCGAUGUAUAUGGGGGUCAUACAACUUGGUGUUUACAGUGAUAUGUCAAUUAUAUCAUUCAGUACAACAGAGCGCAUUAUAAUGUACCGUGAGAAAUUUGCAGGAAUGUACUCUUCCUGGUCAUACUCAUUUGCACAGGCAGCCAUAGAGAUCCCUUAUGUAUUUAUCCAAGUGCUACUCUAUACAUUCAUCAUCUACCCAACAAUUGGCUAUUAUUGGACAGCAUACAAACUCAUAUGGUUCUUCUACACCACCUUUUGCUCACUUCUUUCUUAUAUUUAUGUUGGAUUGCUGCUUGUUUCAAUAACCCCAAAUGUUCAAGUUGCCACCAUACUGGGAACAUUUUUCAAUACAAUGCAGGCACUAUUCUCAGGAUUUAUUUUACCUGCACCUCAAAUUCCGAAGUGGUGGAAGUGGAUGUAUUACCUUGUCCCUACAUCUUGGGUACUCAAUUCCAUGUUGACCUCCCAGUAUGGAAACGUAGACAAGGAGAUCAAAGCCUUUGGAGAAACAAAAACUGUUGCUGUUUUCUUGAAUGACUAUUUCAGAUUUCAUCAGGACAGGAUGGGCGUAGUAGCAGCCGUUAUCACUGCAGUCCCUGUUGUAUUUGUUACUCUUUACUCUCUGUCAGUUGAAAAAUUAAGCUUCCAAAAGAGGUAAACAUAUGUUCUGAAACUAAUGGUGACAUAUAUGUAUGCAUGUGACAAGUGUUAAGAUAUGAAUUUUCCUUAUUAAUUAAGGAGCAAAACCUGUGAAGGAAUGAUUCCACUGAUGAAAAAACAAGUUAUAUUUUGUGUUA